AUGACCGUCGCUGCUCUGCGACAUGUGAGGCAGAUUGCUCAAGCGACUACUGGAGAAGUUCAGUAUUGUGGUGGACGCCAGCCUGCAGUUUUAACUUUUAAGAACUUUCAGGCAGAGACUGCCGUGGUUUCAAUGAUAUUGUUAAUGGUUUUGUGGAUGAUGGAUGGUCUCCUAUUGAGUAGUGAUGGAGGAGAGGAUAUUACAAUCAUGAUCAACUCUUCCUCUUCUAAAUUCGCUGGCUCUCAAUACAGUAACUCUUUUCUUCCAAGUUUUGGAAGCGGUGUCCUCUGUGCCAAGGCUUCUAUGCUGUUGCAAGUGCGCUUAUAUCACGAUUUGGCAUUUAUGAAGAUGCAAAAGAAUUGGUUUUCUUUAGUUUCUAACUCUUAUUUGUCAUCUCUUGACGAAUGUUCCACAACUUGUACUGAUUCAGUUCCUGAGAGAACACCCAGUUGA